UCGAGCAGCUGCUAGCUAGCUUCAAACAGCUGUUGUUUAUUUACAUUCUGCAUGAUAGUAUAAGUGAUUCAAUGACUUCCGAAAGUAUGAUUGAGCUACGGGUGGCUCGUGAGGAUGAAUUAGAGCGUGUUCGAGAUGUUUUGCGGACAAUUUACUAUCCGGAGGAAGCCAUUACCAUCUCGUACAUCUAUGGAAAAGAACCAACCCUGGAUGACGAACGAUUUUCCCUUUCGUUCGUCCAGCAAGGAACGGUUGUGCUUGCAGAGGACAAAACUUCAGGCCAUGUGGUGGGAAUAGCGAUAGCUGGCCCGAUUGUGCCCGGUGAUCCGGAUUUAAUGGUACGGGAAGCUGCCACUACCGAUACGAAGAAGUGGUCAGAUAUUCUCAAGUUGCUAGCUUAUUUGGAACGAACGGCGAAUGUUUGCGGUAGGUUCGGUUUGCCAACGGCUUACCAUGUGCACAUUCUGGGGGUAAAUCCAUCCUACAGGGGUCAACGACUCGGACUCAAGCUGAUGCAAUUCCAUGAAAAUUUAGCAAAACAACUAGGCUUUCGGGCCAUUUGUGCUGAUUUCACAAGUGUCUAUUCGGCACGGCUUGCCGAUCAACUGGGAAUGGAGAUCAUUAGUCAGGUGUCACUGGAAGACUACCGAGAUGAAAACUCAGAGAAACUGUUCGAACCAAAAGAAGUUCAUCGGUUGAUAAAGACGUGUGUCAAAUUAUUGUCAUAACUCUACUUACGUUUAUAGCGUGGUUGUCAAUUGUCAUGAUAGUCAAUGCUCACGAUUAUGACAAUCGCCGUAAGAUAAGAAACCAAAUUGAUAAUAUACGUUGU